UAUUACUUUUAGUUGCAAUCUAGAUGGCAAAAUGGAAAUAACUUGGGUCUUAAUCUUGAACUUUUUCCUAGUUCUUUGUCUUGAGCGCACUUUCGGUAGUCGAUAUAAUGUGAGUUUGUCGGAUCUUGUUAAAUGUAAAGAAUAUCGAAUUGAGUCGGGAUACGUGUACAGAAAUUUUUUCCUGCUCGACGAAUUUCGGAAUAAUCGCACAGAAAAUGAGAGGUUCCGCUUUAAAUUCUAUGUAAUGGCGGCAAGUAAUGCGCAUAUUCUUCUGUCGCCAAUGGAUAAAGCUAAAAAAGGCGAUUCCGUGUAUGAAAUUGUGAUUGGAGCCGGUGGAAACACUUUCUCGACAAUUCGCCCGCAAAUUGGAGGCCGUCAACUUAUAGUCAAAAAACAAAAUGGUUUGCUAAAUGGAAUCGAUCCUACACCAAUUAUUGUUGUACAAAAGACCGAUGGAACUCUCGAAGUUACUAUCCCGACAUUUGUUGGGGCCCUAUUAUCAUAUAAGGAUCCAAAGCCAUUAAAUAUUAAAUAUGUGAGCUUUAGUAGCUACGGUAGUACGUCUGCAAGGUGGUUCUAUGACUGCGGAGGUGAUGAAGAAACCCAUAUGGAAAUGAAGAAGGAAAACCUUACAAGCUUGGAGCGCCUGCAAGUGGACUUAUUCGCAAACUAUAGUAUAUUCACAAUUCCGGAUGAAUUAUCAAAAAUUUAUAUGGGGGCUACUAUCAAAGGGGUCUCCUACAAUGAAAGGAAGUCCAUAUUUCAAGUCAGGUUGGAAGUGAAACUGAAAUGGACCGAUCCAAAACUCAAAUGGAAACCAUCUGAAUACAGCAACAUCACGGCUCUGAGAUCAUUUGAAGUGAAUUUUUGGACACCAUCCCUAUUGAUCACGAACGGGGCCGGCAGUACGUUUACCCAUUUCGACCCAGAAUAUUUUGGAAUCAUAUAUAGCAAUGGAUCAAUAGAAGCAGAUACAAAACAGCAGGUCAUAGAAACCUGGUGUCGAGAAUCACAGGAUGGAAAUUGGCCAUGGGAUGAAUUGAGGUGUCCAGUUGACUUUGCGGUGGACGGGAACCACCUAUCAAUAGAUUUUGAUCUAGCACACAGCGUUCGGGCUCCCAAGAUAUCUGAGCUAAGCAAGUGGCGUUUUUCUGGCCGUCAUUUGGUUACAAAGACUAUUAAACCUUUCGCUGAUAUGGGAAAUGAUUUAAAUUCUACGGUUUCAGUGGCGAGUCUGGUGAUACAUAUGAGAAGAAAUGCUUUCUACUACCGGAAAGUCUUUUUCGUUCCAUUGAUUGCUGCAACAAUUUUGAUACUUCUGUCAUUUAUUAUGAGACGACUUUUGAGAGGAAUUUUGAACUUAAUUGCGUUGGCAUUGCUGCUGGGUUCAUUUCUAGCACUGACAAACAGUACACCUGUCACAUAUGUUCCAAAAAUUACUCAUUCCUACGAAAUGGUUAUUGGCAUUGCAUGCUUCUCAUAUUUUAUGAGCAUCUUGAUUCGUUGGUUUUCUGAUUGUUCCCCGGAACAACCGCCAUCUAACUGUAUAUUGGCGGUUAUCAAUAAUUCGGUUCUGCGUGCUGUCCUAGGAAUACAAUUUGCUAACUCGGAGGAGUACUUAAAAAUUCAAUAUGAGCCAUGGAAGCAAGUUGGAAUAAUUCUGGAUCGCAUAAUCUUUUUCAUAUUAUUACUAGUCCUUGUGAUAAUUUUGUCUUCAGGAUUUUAGCGUGCUAUGAAAUGUGUUUUUUUUCCAAAAUAUUUUAAUAUAAUACAAUUUUAAUGUUG